AUGGUCGUUGAGGAGUCGAAGCCCUCACGAUCGGUAUCGCCGCACCUGCGACCUUAUCUUUUUGCAAAGGCGGCCAAACCCAUGUGGGUACUAUGGGAGCGGAGGGGUGGCCGUGCGGGUCGCGACGGGACACCACAAUUUAUGAUUGCGCCGCGUCAGGGUGUUAAUGAACGCAGCCCGCUGCCCUUUAUUAAGAUAACGCUGCCAAUCGAUGGCUGCGGCGGGCUCGUGUCAUUACUUACGGCACCGCUCGAUCUCGCUGUCACGCGCACUCAGGUGAUAUUGCGCUCUCCCGUCACCAAAGGCAAGCGGGAGCGCGCAUUACCUUGUCAUAAAUCGGUGAGGAGACAGCGGCAAAUGAGGUGUGCCGGCGACGUGCCUGGUUGUCGACGAGUCUCGUUUCAGCUUCAGUCCUCGACGACUUGC